AUGUCGACGUACAUCUACAGAGAAAGAGACCGCGAACGGGAUUGGGACGAGCCCCGUUCUUCCUCCGUGUCUAUCAAGCGUUACGUCAUUCCUUCCGAGGACGAUCGUGAGCGCGAUUUUUUCUACCGCCGCGAUGACCCUGGGGAUCGAGAGCUGGUUAUCCGGCGCUCAGUCGACCGCGAAGAUCCUGUAAUGGUUCAACGCUACGAACGCGAUAUUGACUACGACUCGCGUUCUUAUGACUAUCGCUCCGAAAGGGACCUCUACGAACGUGAGUACUACGCGCCCGAGCGUAUCCGUACCUAUCCCGCCCCCGUUGUCAUCCGUGAAGCUCAGCCGGUAAUCAUUCUUGAAGCUCGAGGCCCGAUCUACCUCAACCCACGAGAGUCCGACUAUGAUAUUGUCCGUCGGUCUGAAGUGGACAGGGAGCCUGGGGGUUAUUACUACCAUCGCCGUGUUCGAGAAUACGAUGACGAACGUCGCAGUCGACGUGAACUGAGUCCCAAUGAUUCCGUCUCUCAGACCACCCGCCACCGGGACGACCAAGAAGCCUACAGCAGUGACGACAGCAUGGUUUACAUUCGCAAAGAAGUCCGGGAGUAUGAUGACUCCCCUCAUCAUCGACGACAUCUGGCCGAGGGUGCUCUAGCGGGCGUUGGUGCCGCAGAACUGCUCCGCAAUCACCACAAGAAAGAAGGGGAAGAGGUAUCAGGAGGCAUGGGCCGUUUGGGUAGAGACAUAGGUGCGGGUGCCCUGGGAGCUGUUGCGGCCGAGGCAGUCUCGCGCGCUAGGGAUCACUACCGCAGCAAAAGCCGGCAUCGCUCCCAUUCAUUUGAUGAUGAUGACAGGAGGUCUCACUCACGUCAUCAUCAUCAUCACCACCACCGUCAUAGCCGCAGCCGUCGCAGCCGCAGCCGUUCCCAUUCCCACUCACGUGCUAGAACACUUGCAGAGCUCGGCUUAGGUGCUGCUGCCAUUGCUGGUGCCGUGGCGUUGGCGCGGAGUAAAUCGAAUUCGAACAAGGACCGACGGAGUCGCUCACGUCAUCGCCGUGCCUCCAGCUCACGCAGAUCUGUAAGGGGCACAGAUGAGGAGGGACGCAGCCAGUCUCAACGCAGGAAGCACAUGGCAGAGGCUGGCUUAGCUGGAGCAGCUGUAGCAGGUCUUGUGGAGAAAGCUCGCAGCCGUUCCCGCUCUCGCAGACAUGAGUCUCGCUCGCACAGUGCAAUCAGGAAGGCCCUCCCUGUGGUAGCAGCUGGGCUUGGGACGGCUGCUGCAACGGGGCUUUACGAGAAAAACAAGGAAAAGAAAGAGGAGGAGUCGCAGCGCCGAGAACGUCGGCGGUCGAGGUCUCGAAGCAGAGCACCAUCCGAGGCGUUCCCUGAUCCGACGAGGGACUCGCCGGGUUUGAUUGAAUACGGCGAUCGUCCGGUCCAGGGGAGCAUCCCUGCUGCCAACUACUAUGGUCGACCCAUGAGCCCGCACGGGUAUUACUCUGAUGCUUCCGAUCCUGUGGCAAGCGGCGCUGCAGGUUUUGGCUCUUCUAGGCAUCGAGCCCACAGUCGCAGUCGUAGUCGCAGCCGGGGUGUACGAUACAGUAGCGAGUCAUCUGAUUCCGACAGAGGCAGCCGUACGAGACGCCACAGCCAUCAUGGCAGGCACCGCAGCCGCUCUCGCGAUAUUGCCGAGGCCGCUUUAGCCGCCACGGGGGUAGGAUAUGCGGCUCACAAGCUUUCACAACGAAACGAACGUAAGAAGGCCGAGAAAGAGAGAGACAGACCUGAACCAUAUGACGGCUCGUAUAAUCACCUGCCCUAUGCGCCGUCUCCUGCAGCAGUGCCCCAGCGGAUCGAUGACCACCAGUAUUAUCCGAACAGCAACUAUUUCCCACCACCUCCUGGGUCAGCCCCUCGGCCAGACCCGGCACCCUACAGCCCAGCCGACUAUCCACCCCCACCUGGCGCUGUGCCACCCCAGUCAUACGAUUACCCUGCUCGCCCAGGCCCAGGCCCUGACACGUACGCUCCUCGGCCCCGGAGGGCAGAUGAAAUGGUGAGUGCAUCGACCUGUCCCCGCCCCACUGCCCAAGAUCGUGCAUUUGAUGGUGGGUUUAAGACGACCGCCGCUAGCUGGAUGCCUGCUAACAUUGUCGCUCAGUCGCCGUUGAGGACCCCCCGUGCAAGGAGGCGACGGAUGCGCGCUACCAGCCAACCGGCCGGGCCAAAGUCGGUGGUCUUUGAUCUGAACUUAGAACAUGAACAGCAAAAGGAUCUCGGAUAUGAAACCGAUGACAGUGACUCGACCAUUGAGUCGAUACAUGGGAAUCGUCGCAGCCGCCCUCGGCCUCGCCGGCACUCAUCGUCCGAGCCCUAUUCCUUAUACCAACGUAGCGAUCCGCAGUCUAGUCCACAGGACCGCCAUCAUGCAGGCGAGUCUGAUUCUGAUUCGACAAUUGACUUGCCUGAUCGGUUUGACUCGCAGGGCCGGCUGCUGCCCCAGUCCCGCGAUGAUCCGUUGGCAGGUCGGCUCGAGCAGCUUCUCAGGGGAUUUGACCGAGUCUUUGCGUAA